AUGGUGGGAGGAACCAAGUUGGUGAUGAUAGUGGGAGGAACCAGAAGCAAGAGGAGCCAGGUGAUGAUUCAGAGAGCAGUCAGAAAGUCCACGGGGGAGAUGAAAGAGGAAGGAGCCAUGGUGGAGACUUGGCUGAUGACACCCGACCUGAUGCCACUGAAAGAGGAGAGUCAAGAACUGAAUGAAAUGGAAGAGAAAGAUCAGUAUGAGAAAUGCCAUGAUUUCAUGACUGGGGAAAAAUCUUUGAGUGACUCGCAGACUCGUGAAACAGAAACUAGGAACCUUAAAGUCCAGAUGAAAGUUCACACUGAAGAGAAGCCUCAUGCCUGCCAACAGUGUGGGAAGAGUUUUGCACUAAAAGGAAGUCUUAACAUUCACAUGAGAGUUCACACUGGAGAGAGACCUUUCACCUGCCCUCAGUGUGGGAAACGUUUUGCACUAAAAGGAGAUCUUAAAAGUCACUUGAGAGUUCACACUGGAGAGAGGCCUUACUCCUGUCAACAGUGUGGGAGGAACUUUGCAUUAAAAGGAAAUCUGAAUAGCCACUUGAGAGUUCACAUGAGAGAGAGUUUCACCUGCCAACAGUGUGGAAAAGGUUUCGGUGAAGAACAGAGCCUUGAAAUCCACUUAAAAAUCCACGCUGGAGAGAAACCAUUCAAUUGCCCUCAGUGUGGAAAGAGUUUUGAACAGAAAAAAAACCUUAAUGUCCACAUGAGAACUCACACUGGAGAGAAGCGUUUCGGCUGCAAACUGUGUGAGAAGAGCUUCACACGAAAAGAAACUUUUAAGGGUCACAUGGCAAUUCACAAGGGAGAGAAUCCUUUUGAUUGUGAUCAGUGUGGAAAGAGUUUCAGAUAUAAAAGAAACCUUAAGCAUCACAUGAGGAUUCACUCUGGAGAGAAACCUUACAUAAUGUGGCUCAUUCCUGAUAUUCUGGAGAUGUAA